AUGUAUCGGGCGGGAGUGCUGCUGCUCCUGCUCCUCCUCAGCGGUGUGGGACGAGGCUCGGGCUCGGCGCCGGGUUCAGGGUUCGGAUCUCAGAGGAAUGAGACUCUUCACUUUCCAUCCUACAUGAUGCGACUGUAUCGCAGCUUCAGCACCAAUCAGACGCCUGCAACUCCAACAUCAUCAUCACCUUCAUCAUCAUCGUCGCUCCGUCAGCAUCAUACGGAUCAAGACCGAGUGCUGAGAGCCGACACGGUGCGCAGUGUCGCCCCCAAGAGUUUAAUCUUUCGGGACAGGAACUGGAUCACGACCUUUGACCUUUCCACUUUGCUCUCAGAGCACCACGUCCAGGCGGUCGAGCUGAGGAUCCGGGUUCCCGUGGCGUCUGAACACCCGAGCGUUACCGUGGAGCUGCGCCAUCAUCAGGACCGGCCGUGUCCCAAACGCGGCGCCUGUAUCGAGGACCAGUCGCUGGGAUCCCUCCCAGAAUCCUCUCUGAUCAGCUCGUCCAGCCAGUGGAGAGUGUAUAACGUCACGGCUCGGCUGCUCCGCUGGAUGGACGAUGCGCUUUCGCAGAGGAGGAGGAGGACGAGGGCGAAGGUCAAAGGUCAGACCCCUGCAGGUGUCAAAGUGGUGAACGCAGGGACGAACCGAGCGCUGCUGGUGGUCUUCUCACACGAGGGGUCACGGGGCGGAGAGCAGGACAGAGCGAGUCUCCUGCGGACGGCCGAACGGUCCAAGUUCCUCCUGAGCGCAGAGGGGCAGGUGCUGAGGAGGGUGAAGAGACAGAAGAGCCGCCGCAAGAACGACAAGAACGAGAGGGAGAGAGAGAGCGAGAAGAGAAACCACUGCAGGAGAGUGGACAUGCACGUCGACUUCGACCGGAUCGGGUGGGGCUCCUGGAUCGUCUUCCCUAAAAAGUACAACGCUUACCGCUGUGAGGGGGCGUGUCCCAAUCCACUCGGAGAGGACUUCCACCCCACCAACCACGCCUACAUGCAGAGUUUACUGAGACACUUCCAGCCGAGCCGAGUGCCCUCGCCGUGCUGCGCUCCGAUCCGCACCAGCGCCCUCAGCAUGCUCUACUACGAGAACGGAGAGAUGACGCUGCGCCAUCACGAGGAGAUGGUGGUGGAGGAGUGCGGCUGUCACUGA